GCAAGCAUAAAAUAGUUGUAUUACUUCUUAAUAAAUAGUAACAGAAAAAACACAAAAUUAUUAUGGCCGAUAAACCAAAACGUCCCCUCUCCGCCUACAUGCUGUGGCUGAAUAGUGCCCGCGAAGGCAUUAAGCGCGAGAGUCCCGGCAUCAAGGUCACCGAGGUAGCCAAGCGCGGUGGAGAAUUAUGGAGAGCCAUGAAGGACAAGUCGGAGUGGGAGGCCAAGGCUGCCAAGGCUAAGGAUGAUUAUGAUCGUGCCGUCAAGGACUUUGAGGCCAAUGGUGGCAAUAACUCUGCCAAUGGCAAUGCCAAGAAACGCUCGAAGCCCGCGAAAAAACCCGCCAAGAAGACCAAGAAGGACGACUCUGACGAUGAUGAUGAUGACGAGAGCGAGUAGGAUGGCUCUUUCGAGGACUGUCUUGCAUUCACCAUCAGUUAUCCAUCACCAGUCACACAACAAAACACUACAGCAUCAGUGGAUCGAAGAUUUUACCUGCAAAACGAACACCACACAUUAUGCAGUCGCUUCACUAACAUUAUAAUAGAGCAAAAACACA